AUGACCACGCCGGAGACCUGGCUCCAGCACCACCCCGGAGACCUGGCUCCACGACCACCCCGGAGACCUGGCUCCACGACCACCCGGGAGACCUGGCUCCAUGACCACGCCGGAGACCUGGCUCCAGCACCACCCCGGAGACCUGGCUCCAGCACCACACCGGAGACCUGGCUCCACGACCACACCGGAGACCUGGCUCCAGCACCACCCGGAGACCUGGCUCCAGCACCACACCGGAGACCUGGCUCCACGACCACACCGGAGACCUGGCUCCAGCACCACACCGGAGACCUGGCUCCACGACCACCCCGGAGACCUGGCUCCACGACCACCCGGGAGACCUGGCUCCACGACCUCCCCGGAGACCUGGCUCCACGACCACCCCGGAGACCUGGCUCCACGACCACCCCGGAGACCUGGCUCCACGACCACCAGGGAGACCUGGCUCCACGACCACCCGGAGACCUGGCUCCACGACCACCCUGGAGACCUGGCUCCAUGACCACACCGGAGACCUGGCUCCACGACCACCCCGGAGACCUGCUGGGAGCCACCUACCAGCUGGGAGCCACCUACCAGCUGGGAGCCACCUACCAGCUGGGCGCCACCUACCAGCUGGGCGCCACCUACCAGCUGGGAGCCACCUACCAGCUGGGAGCCACCUACCAGCUGGGAGCCACCUACCAGCUGGGCGCCACCUACCAGCUGGGAGCCACCUACCAGCUGGGAGCCACCUACCAGCUGGGAGCCACCUACCAGCUGGGAGCCACCUACCAGCUGGGAGCCACCUACCAGCUGGGAGCCACCUACCAGCUGGGCGCCACCUACCAGCUGGGAGCCACCUACCAGCUGGGAGCCACCUACCAGCUGGGAGCCACCUACCAGCUGGGAGCCACCUACCAGCUGGGAGCCACCUACCAGCUGGGCUCCGACCAAAUUGUUUAA